UAGGCUCAUGUGACAUUUCGACUUUCGUUAAAAUAGCACAUUUCUCGGAUUAAUCGUUUUGCCUGCAAAUUCUAAGUUUUCCAUUUACAAAGAAAAACCAUGGCAUCUGCUGCUGCUGCAAGGGAAUCAUGUUGUGGCAAGUUCGGCCUUAGACCUUUGACGAAGAGCAAUAUCUUGUUUUACUACGUCCCAGCACAAGGAGUCCUUAGCUACACAGCUCUAUCCGUAAAUGUUAUGAACCCUUCACUUAUCUUAAGAUUAUUUCCUAAAAGAGAUAUAACCAAUAUUCUUUUAUUAAAUACCUUAUUAGGGACAGGUUUGUAUUUAUAUAGUCGGCCCCAUUUAAGAUCAGCCUCUUCCAGCUCUAGGAUUCUUUACAGUACUUUUGGAGCAUUAUCCUUUUCAAUGGGUUCUGUAUUAAUCUGGGCGAUUUUACGAAGUGUAGUUCCACAAAACGUUGCUCUAUGUACAGCUUGUGGUAUUAGCACUGGACUGGCCCUUAUUAACCUGGGAACUAAUUAUGUCUCACACGUAGACGCUCUAGUCAAAAAAUAAAUAGGUUGUAUCAUUAUUAA